CCCAGCACUCCCAGUACCCUCCCAGCACUCCCAGUACCCCCCCCAGCGCUCCCAGUGCUCCCAGUGCUCCCAGCAUGUUCCUGGUGAAGGGGUUACUGGGCGGAGGGGGCGGGGGCGGCUCCGGGGGGUCCCUCCCGGGGGGCAUCGGCUCCGUCCUGGGGGGGCUCCUGAGCGGGGGAGGGGGCGGCGGGGGCGGCGCCGGGGGGGGGGGGGGAUUGGGGACAGUGGGGACGGGGGGAACAGUGGGGACAUUGGGGGUCCUGGGGGGCGUCAUCAGCGCCAUCAGUGAAGCCGCCGCUCACUACAACCCCGAGCCCCCCCCCCCCCGCUCCCACAUCUCCACGGUCGAUGCCAACGAGAGUGAGGAGGUUCGGCAGUUCCGGCGCCUCUUCGCCCAGCUGGCUGGGGAGGACAUGGAGGUCAGCCCCACCGAGCUCAUGAACAUCCUCAACAGGGUCGUGACGCGCCAUCCCGACCUGAAGACGGACGGGUUCGGGCUGGACACCUGCAGGAGCAUGGUGGCUGUGAUGGAUAGCGACACCACCGGGAAAUUGGGGUUUGAGGAGUUCAAAUAUCUCUGGAACAACAUCAAGAAGUGGCAGUGCGUGUACAAACAAUUCGACAGCGACCGCUCGGGAACCAUCGGGCCCCAGGAGCUGCCCGGGGCCUUCCAGGCUGCAGGAUUCCACCUCCCCCCCGCGCUCUGGGCGGUCCUGGGGCGCCGUUACGGGGACGAGAGCGGGAACCUGGACUUCGACAACUUCAUCAGCUGCCUCGUGCGCCUCGAUGCCAUGUUCCGUGCCUUCAAGUCCCUGGACCGGGACGGCUCGGGCCAGAUCCGGGUCAGCCUGCAGGAGUGGCUCCAGCUCACCAUGUACUCGUGAGGAGACCCCCGGACCCCCCCCAGGACCCUCCAGGACCCCCC